CAAAUCAAAGAUAUAGAAAGUGUUGUUCAGGAGAAGAAUUCAGAAAUUUUUAAUAUACAACAAAGCUUAGAAAGCCAUUCUCAGACCAUAAAUGAACUUGAAAAUCAGAAAAAUGUCUUAAAUAAAGCACUUAGUCAAAGAGAUUCUGAAUUGGCAGAAAGUUUAGCUACAAGAAAGUGUUUAGAGGAUGAUAUUGCUCUGCUUAAAUCUCAGGUUGAAUCUGAAGGCUUUCAAAAGGAAGAGAAAAUGCUUGAAUUGAUGCAGAAGGUAGAGCAAUUAGCAAUUUCUUUAGAAGGAAAAGAGAAUCAACUUCAAUCAAAAUUGGACGAAAUUGCUUCUUUACAUGCAAAAAUAGAUGAGGCUAAUAAAGUUGCAUUAGGAAUGCAAGAAAAAUUGGAGCAAACUGAAGAAAAUGCAACAAAGGAAAUGAAAAUGAAGGUAGAAGAAGUAAAUUCGCUGCAGGUUGAAUUGCGUCAUCUAAAAGAAGGAAAAGAACAUAGUGAAGAGAAAUAUAAAAAAGAAAUGCACAACUUGCAGUCUGAAAUUAAAACCUUGUCUGAAGAAGAUCAGUUGACAAAAAAACUGUUAUCAGAGCAAGAAUUUCGACUGUUGGCAGCGACAGAAAAAUUAUCAGAGACUGAAAUUGAAUGUGCUGAAUUAAAAAAGCAAGCUGUUGCUAUGAAAGACAUGUGUGAAAUUCUGAAUAAAGAAAAAGAGGCGGCUUUAUCUGAAAUUCAUACUAAAGAAGAGAGAAUUUCUGAUUUGAUGAAACAGAUUGAUACUCUAAAUAAUUUAGUAGAAUCUAUCAAAAAGAAAUUAUCAGAAAAAGAAGCAGCAGCACAAUCUCUUCAAGAAAAUUUGAAGCAAAAGGAUGAUGAAAAUUUACAAAUGAAAUCCAAGUUAGAUCUGGCUGAACAGAAAAUUGACAUGCUAAAUAAAGAUAGCAGUGAACAUGUUAUGUCACUUCAGAAUGAAUUGACAAAAAUUAAAGAAGAGAGUAUCAGUUUAAAAAAUGAUUUAGAUAAGGAACUGACUAAAGCUCAGCAAGAAAAAGAAAAUAUGUCUGCCAUCAUCACUGAAAAACAAUAUAUUCUAAAAGAAAAAGAAGUAGCUUUCUGUUCUCUGAAAAGUAAGUUAGAAGAGAGAGAAUGUGAUAUAACUGAACUAUCUAAGCAGUUGAAAAAGUUGAAAGAAGAAAUGAGUAGCACUUUAAAAUCUAAAGAAGAAGUAUUAGUUUUGCAUCAGGAAGAACUUUUAGCAACUUCUGCAAAAUUUCAGACUGAGUUGGAAAAGAAGGAAGAGAUCUUAAAGAAUGUUCAAAACGAAUUAGCUAAAAAUGCUGAACUCUUAGAGAAGAAAGAGAAAGAGUUGAGUAAACAACGAAAUGAAAUUACUGCUUUAAGAAACAUAGUGAAAGAAAAAGAUAGUCAAUUUGAUGAACUUAGCAGAAUGAUGGAGGUUUCAGCUGCCCAGUUAGUGAAACUGAAAGAACAGAACGAAAAUAACGUUGCUCUUCUACAGAGUAAAGAGACUUUUAUUAAUGAUUUCAAGUCUGAGCAAGAAAGACAGCUUGAGGAGAGUAAACAGUUCUUUAAAAAGGAAAUAAGCAAGUUAGAAGAAGAUAAUCUGCAAAGAAGGGAAGAAUUAAAACAAAAGGGUGCAAUUAUUACUAAUCUGACAUCUCAGAUUUCUGAUCAAAAAAAGCAAAUCGAACAGUUAACACAUGAAUUGGAAACUAAUAAAUCAUUCAUAGAAUCAAAAAUGCAAGAUACUUCAAAAGUUUAUAAAGAACUUAAUGAAAAGAUUUUAGAUUUGGAAGAAAAGUAUUCAAAAGUGUUAGCUCAGAAAGAAGAAAUGUUUAAAGUAAAGUAUUUUCUUAUAUUUCUCUUCAUAUUUUAAUAUUGUU